AUGAGAGCGCUGCCUCGUGCGCUCGUUAGCAUUCUGUCCGGGUACAUCGCACUGUCUGCAGUGAACUGCUUCACUGCCAAUUUCAACAAUGCACGCAGAGCCCGGGACUCCGGAUACUUGGCUGGACAAGCUCCAGGUUCACGCCAUGGACUGCCCACGAGGGCAGUGGCUGAAGCUGAAACCCUUACCGUGCAGAAGCCGACAGCUGCCGACGACAGCGUAGUUGUUCAGCGAGCGAAGACAGAGGUUACAGACAUCGCUGGUUUAGCAAAGGGUAGACCAGUGGAAAACCGGAAGUUAAGAGCUGCCAUAGACUCCAUUGAGUUGGAUCAGGAGGCGCUGCGCAUGUCUACCCCGUUGCUUUCCAUCAAAACGAUUCUGGCAACAGGUUCUGCGGCCGGACUGUCUGCCCUGGCAACACUUGCAGCUGCUUCCCCAGAAUUAUUUGUAUGGGUGCCUCCGCUGACAACGUUGAUCUUUUUGUAUUCAUCUUUGUCGGAGAGUUCGGCCGCCAGAUACCGGGCAAAGGCAAAGUAUAAUUAUGGACAGUCCUCCAGACUCGCAGCCUUGGCGGAGUCGAGCCUGGCUGCAGCAGAAGCCCGAAAGGUCUUCUUCCCUUUCGGUGUCGGCCUGACGGCAAUCACAGCUGCAGCCUGCGUGAGUUUGAGGAUCUUCAACGAGAAAAUCGGCGAUUUCUUGCCUGAAGGAGAAUCCUUCUCCACCCUGCUUGCAGGGGACAACGUUAUCCUCAUUUUGCUUGCGUUAGCUUCGGCAGUUGGGGCUUCCCUCACAAGCCUGACUUACGUCUCGACACGUGCUGCACUGGUGCUGGAAGAAAACAUUCAAAAUAGUGCCCAGAGUGAUUGGGAGGCAGGCCGCCUUCCCAAAAGGGCCAAGGAGCCAACAAAGGAGGAUGAGAGAAAUGUGGUCCUUGCCACCAUUUUCUUCUGCCUCGUGCCCAUUCCUUUCAUCGUGCCCGGGGUGGACUUUGGCCUCGCAACGACAAACCCAAUUCUCUUCAACAAGGGGCUACAGCAACUCCUGGAUGAUGCGUCCGUCGUCAUUUCAGCAUCUGCUGCUGCUCAGGCUGCUGUUGCCUUCCUGCUCGGUGAGAAGGACUUCACGGAUGCCGAGCAGCGGUGUGCGAUGCAAUCGAAGCAGGCAGCACUGUCCGAGAUGUUCCUUGCCCAAGCUCAGCAGGAGGCGGCUAUCAUCCCCGUCCGAAGUGCUAUGUCCGCCGCAGCGCGCGGCGCAGCAGAUCUGGUCGUCGAAUUUUCACGGCUUGCUGCAAUUCUUUUCCCAUGGGGAUCUGUGCAGCAAGCAUUUCAGUCCAUUUUGAACACAAAGCUUGUGCGAGUAGAAUCCAAUGCAGCAACGAAUGAAGCCAGGAUGGUGAAAUAUGGUCCCAAAGUGACGCGGAACCGCAACGCCAUAGACUCAUCCCUGAUUGAGUUCGGCCGAUUGCAGAAGGAGGUCUUCCCAUCUGACAGUGAAAUGCGGGAUGAGAUUUUCGCGCUGAAAGUCGGAGAGAAGAAGACAUUCAAGAUCCGGUCCAAGGAGGGCCGCCGAGAGGUACACCUGGUCGCUGCCGAGCUUGGCAUGGUCUCUCAGUCAAAGACUGAGGGCAAUCAGAGAGUGGUAGAAGUCAGAAACAUGGGCAAAAACGUGGCUGUUUCCGAUGAGGAGAGGACGUCACUUGCCGAAGCACUUGUGGUUGACGUAGUGGAGCCAGUCAAGAAGGAAGCACAGAUUGGCAUUGCAGAAGGGAUUCCGGAAGAGUGGUCCCCGUGGAUCUCAUCUGCCGCAGCGGCUGCCGCAAGUGUGCAGGCGGCUCCAGCAGUUCUGGGAGCCGAUGCUUCCCAGGUUGUGCUGCCUCUGGUUACCGGCGGUAUUGGUCUCCUCACAGUUUGGCAAGAGCGAGUCGGUAGAGAACAAGUGGCCUACGCAAAGAAGGAUGCUGCGCUGCUUCAGCAGCGUCACGCCGAAUGCGAAGCUUUGUGUGGACUUGCGGCCCUCUCAGCCUCCGCAUUGCCGACAUUCGUGGCAAUUGCUGCAGUGGCCGGCGGAGUGGCGGCUGUUGGUUUCCUUGGCGGCUUUACAGGUGCCAUUGGCUGGGCCUGUGAAAUGCCAACUCUCUUCAUCUCUAUGCUGACACUCAUUCUGGCGUUGGAGCGUCAGGAGCAAGUGGAGAAGUACAUCCUCGGUGCUGCGAGGAUCGUGGGUGGCCAGCCGCCAGUCAAGGCUCGACUUCGCGCACAGCGCCUGUGGCUCCUCAUCCCUGUCCUCGUGAUGCUCCUGCCGGAGACAUUGAUCCGGCGCUGCUGCGCCGCCAAUGCACUCAUCACCGCAGAGUUGGGCUUCGUCCUGGCAAACUGUGCGCGCCAGCUAUCCUUUGGUGAGUAUUAUGCCGCUCGUACCCGCCGCGUGCAUUCCAGGACGGAUGCGUGGGCGCAAGUCGCCACAGCCUGCUCGCGAAGCCUGCCGCUGACAAGCGCCUUGGCCUUGACAAACACACUGAUCUCGACCACCCUGGGGGCUGUCCCCGUGUCCUUCGGUGGCAUUUUCCCGAUUUUUGGCCUGGCGGUGUGUGUCAGGGCUAUUCAGAAGGCUGUCGAGUCCCGAGCGAGUGCGGUCCUAACACGGCAAGAGGGCCAGGAUGCUCAGAAGCUUGGCAACACGUUCCCUCCCUAUGCAGCAGUGGAGCCACAGGAAGAGGACGCGGGCAUCUCAACUCCAACAGUGGCAAAGAGGAUUCGAGAGGAUCUGAAGCUGCUCGCACCCAACAAGCUGCGUGCGGCCUUGGGCAAACUGGCCAAAGGCUUCCUGCGGAUUUUCUCUGAGACCAAGCCAGAGCAGGAAUUCUCUCAAACUGUGGAUGCCAAAGUCGUCAAGCGAGUGCAAGCAGACCUCGAAGAGCUACGCGUAACUGUCCGUGGCAAUGAGCAGGGCUGGCUCCGUGUUGGGUCGGUGGUGGGGAUCUUGACUGGCGCAUCAAUCCUGGCCCCAUUCUUGCUCUCGGAGCUCCUAACAGAGGUCAUCGUGCCAUUGGCGGGCACCGUUCUGACAGUCUUCGUCGUCUUUGCUGAGAGUGAAGCGAGGUCCUCAGUUGCGCAGGCCAAGGUGCGCGCGGCGCAGAUGAACGAACAGAUGUCCACCAUGGAGGAGCUCCUCAGCAUCAGCUCGCUCUGGAAGUCUUACCUUAUGGCCAUGGUGGGCAUUGCUGACUGCAAUGCCGUGCUGGGCUUGGUCCUUCACUCCAAAUGGAAUGUCAUAAAGCUGCAUCCGGCGCUGACCCACCUGCAAGAUGGAGCGCAGCUACUUGUCGCUUUGUCAUCCAUUGUCAUCACAGCACUGGCCGCACGGCGAAUGCUCCAAGUCCGAGAAUGGGCGCAGAGCCUGGAGAAAAUUGCUGCAGACAACUUCAACGAAAGAAUGCUUGGAGGUGUUCAACAAACUGAUCCCAUGGCUGUGGAUGCCGGUGGUGGCGUCUACCCUUUGUCCAAGCGGCAGAAGUUAUUCGUUAUGCUUGCGGCGGUGUUGCCUCCGUUAUUGUUGCUCGUCUUCCCGCUUGGUGCAGAGCUUGGCGAGAAAUGCGUAGAUGCAAGCGGGGCAGCCGCCCUGGUCGUGGCAUUGACCGUGGUCCAGGCUGAGCGGGCAUCUUGCAGGGCGGAACGAACUCAAGCCUCCUGCAAGCGUGCGGCCUCCCUGUGCGAAGCAUUUGCCAACCGAGCGGAGCAGCAAGGUGCCUUGUUGCCGUUCAACUCAGCUGCCGCCAUCGCGAUUGCAGGUGUGAUCACGUUCUUAACAGAGCUGAACCCCGUCACCGCAGCAGCCUUGACUGUAUUCCAGGCCAUGAGCUGGGUGAUCGCAUCACGAAAAGGAGUCGCGGCGAAGUUUGAGAGCCGUGCAAGCUUGCAGGUGCGCUCUCGCUUCUCCUUGCGCGGCGUGUCGGCAGCCACUGGCACCAUUGGGCAACGCUUCAAGAGCUUCAUCAUCGGCUGA